GAGACACUUCUGCAGUAUCUACAGACUGUAGCUUGAAGGACCAUUAGACAGAGAAAUUCCAAGUAUUUGUCGCCCUCUACAUUUGUAGUUGUUCACACACUCAAAGAAAAGCAACAUAACUACUGUAAAUUCCAUUUUCACUGUGACUGGGGACCUACAGAAUUUAGUUUGAAGUAGUACAAGUAGAAAGAGAAAUUCAGGUAUAUGUCAUGAUGGCUACAGGAAUGUUAAAUCAGUGUGUAGAAAGUCUUGAGGAGGAGAAACUGGAGUGUAAAAUAUGCUUUAAGAAAAUUCAAAAUCCUAAGUCCCUUAGCUGCCGCCACACCUUUUGCUUGGCCUGUCUGGAAGACUUAGUUGACACAAAGGGUAAGCUAAUCUGCCAAAUAUGCACAGAAGAAUGCACUAUUCCAGAAAGUGGGCUUCAGGAACUUCCUCAAAAUGAAUUACUUCAAAAUCCUAAUAAAUUUCAAAAAGGAGAUAAAAAGAAAUGUGUUUGUGAAAAAGAUAACCAAGUAAAAUCCUACUGUCUGGACUGCAGACUUCACUUGUGCACUACUUGUACUGACCACCAUACCAAAUUCCCAGUGAUGGCAAAUCACAAGCUACAAAUGUUGGCUCCAGAAGAUCAGCUGCCAGUAAAUCCUUUGCUGUGUAGUUCAGUUCAUGGUAAUUCUUUAGAGUUUUACUGCAUACACUGCAAAAUUCCAGUAGACUAUGCGUGUAAGAAUGAAGACCACCAAGAAUCCGGAGGGAAACAUAAAGUAAUAACAAUUUCAGAAGCAUUUCAAAAAUUCAAAGGAACUGCUAUAAAAUUAAAAGAAGAGGUCAAUGACUUUACAAAAAAAUUAGAAGAAAGUCUCCAAAAAAUUGCUAAAAUUGAAGAAAAAUUAGAAGACUGCAAAGCCACCUGUCUAAAAGAUAUUGAAAAUAUUGUGCAAGAACUGGUAUUGAAAAUCAAUGGGAAAGGAGAAGAAAUGAAAAAUAAAGUAGAGACAAUCUACAAAAAGAAAAAAUUGAUAAACAGCAUGCAAAAAGAUGAACUCAGAAAGGCAAUAUCUGAUGUAGAAAAUUUAUUGGGUGUUCUUAAUGAUUUAAUUAAUGGAGAUGAAACUAUAGCUAUGCAAUCAAGUAAUGAGAAAUAUAAAGAACUGAAAAGAAAACUUGAUGAAUCCCCUUACACAGGGCUAAAUGAUGAUGGACAAAUUUACUUCUUCAAAAACAUAUCUUCACUGCAAUGGAAAUGUGAUAUUGGAAAUGUAACAGAAACAAUGGCAGAUCGUCUAGCACUAAUAGGGGGACACGAAGUGACCCAAGGUCAGCCAAUUGUUGUCAAAGUAUGCAAAACUGAUGAAUAUGAAAUAGAAGCAAACCAAAUGAGUGCAGAAUGGAUACAUCCAACAGGAGAAACCAACAUUGCUAAAGUAGAUGAUGAUGGAAAUGGAGAUUAUACUGUUACAGGAAAGUGCACAAGCCCAGGUAUAUGCAAACUAGAUGUGCGUGUUGGUGGUGAACCAAUCAGACAGUCACCAAUGAGCAUAAAAGUAAAUAAGGAAGGACUGGUACACACCAUUAAAAUAGAAGAACGCAUUGUUUCAGAUGUAAUUUUGUGGGAUGGCAAUCACAUGCUCAUUUCUUGUCGGACAAAAUACAUUUUCGUGUACAAGGAUUCAGGAGCAUAUGUUGGUAAGAUUAAAUUACCAGAAGGUGUAAAAGUUAACAGAAUGUACAAAAUGAAAAAUGGUAACAUAGUAUAUAGCGACUAUGGUAAUAAAUUCAUCACAAUAUAUAAUAAAAUGAAUGGUCAAGUGAUUAAAACCAUUGGUCAGGGAGAAUUAAGUAAUCCCAAGGGUCUCCAUGUAGAUGAGUCAUCAAAUGUUGUAUGUGUAGCAGAUUGGAAUAAUAUCUGUGUGUUUAACAUUGAUAGUGGCCAGAUGAUCCGGCGUAUACAGUCAGAACGCAAUGUCCCUGACAUUACUGUCACCAAAGGAGGGAAUGUGAUUGUAUUAUAUGAUCAUCAGCCUAAUGCAUUGAAAUUUCAAAAUACAAAACAACAAUGUAUAUUACAAGUACUUGACAAUGAGUUUAAGUUUCUGAAAAACAUUGUGGCCGCAGAGGGGAAGAUGAAGCCACGUGGAGUUGCAGUGGAUGCGGACGACAACAUCAUUAUUUCAAGUCAAGACAAACUGGAACUAUUCAGUAAUGAUGGAAAUUUCAUUAAAAGAAUUGAUAAUGAAAAGGAUGGAAUCAACAUUCCAUGGGGAUUAUCCAUCUCAAAUCAUCCACGGAGAGUUGCAGUAGCAAACAAUGGAAAAGCGACAAUACAAAUAUACAAUUAUUAAACAUAUUGAUAGCUCAUGUGAGUUGUUGAUAAAAAUAUUGGAUGAAAAAAAUAGAUUUAGCAAAUUUUGAUGUAUAAACAUUUUUGACAAGUUUUUUCAACUUUUGUAGAGUAAAAAGUUGGUGACCUGACUUAAAAAAUAGUUGCAGGAAAUUAAUGAAAAGUGUUGUGAGCGAGUUUAAGACGUGGGUGUGUCAUUCUAUCCCAAAUAACUUGGGCCUACUGUAGAGUGAAAAAAAAGUGCAAGUCCAAUGAGCAUACAAAUAAUAUUUGGGACUGUAUGUAAGUGAUAUGCAUUUUUUUCUAUGCUGACUCCUCCUUUGAUUAUUAUUUAUUUAAAAUCAAGUUCUAUUUUUUUAAUGAAUAUUUGCAUUGCUUAUGUAACAGUUUAUUUUAAUGUGUUUAAGUGUGUUAACUUAAUUUACUUACUUUACUUAUAGUCC